UACCAUUAACUUACACUCGCCAUAGCAUUUUUAUCAUCAAUCAUAGUCGCGCGUGCUCGUACGACGCUUACGACUCUUACGGUAUUAUAAUUUUUGUUUUUUUUUUUGUUUGUAUUUUCUUUCCUUUUUUUUUAUUUUGAAAAAAUAAUAAAAGAAAAUAAAGAACAUGAUACUCGACGAUUCGUCCAUUUGGACGAUGUUUUUUUUUUGCGAUUAAAAUCUGAUCUUAUUUGUUAUUCGUUUUAACCCUCUAGAAAUGAUUAUGUAAAAUAAUGAAUAAUCGUAUUUAUAUAUCGAUAAAUGAAUAUCGUUUAAAUGACGUACGCGUAUUCUUACAUACUCAAGAUAUAUGAAACAAUUAAUAUAUGUGUGUAGCUACAAUCUUGUCUUAUAAUUGUUCUUUAUCAUGACGUGAUCUUUUUUUUUUCCUUUUUUCUAAUCUAAUUUUUUUAAUAAAUGAUUAUACUAAAUAAUAAUAAAUUGUGCAAGAUGAAAAUUAAAGUAGAAUUUAUCAUAUAAUAAAUAGGUAUAACAUAUUUUCUUCUUCAAAUAUUAACAUUUGAAAUAUGAAUUAACAAUGAUGUAAAUAAUUUUGUAAAUAUAAUGAAAUAUGUUUUGAACAAGUACAGAUAGAAAUCGGAGAACGCAACUUCAAAGAAAAUUAUACGAGGGAUACAUAUAUUAUAAUUCCUUUGAAAAUUAAGGAAUAUAAAAUUUAUUUAAUAUAUCCCAAUCGAGUUGAAAUAUUAUGUCAAUGAUCAAAUAAAAUCAAAACCAAUCGUUUACGUCUUGCGAGCACUCGUUACGAUAUCUCAGCUCAGCACACGCAGACAACUCAAACAGAUGCGUAUUCCCGACUCGUUACGAUAUAGUUCGUAUCGUUCGAUCUAUCCAUAUCUAAAUUUGACCUGGUCAAAUAAAUCAAUUUAUUCCGAUCGAUAUAAAAAAAAUAUAUAUCAGUUUCAUGGAUUAACAUUUUUGUAAGCUAACGUUUCGCGAAUGCGUAUCUCUUUAAACACUUAACAUUCAGUCGACGAAAUAUCUUGUCCAUGUGAUGUGAGAGCGUUUCGAGGAGUAAGACUCGACGAUAAAAAUUUCCCGUUGUUGUUGUUGUUAUUACGAUCAUAUUUUAUUCAUAAUAUAUAUAUAUGGGGACUAUGGGAGAAAAAUCAGAAUGUAUGAAAACAAAAAGAGAAAACAAGAAAAAAGAACGAAAGGAAAAAUAGGGGGAAGUCAAAAUAAAUAGAUUAAUUAAUUCAUUAAUUAAUAAAAGAACCGACGUGAAAAAUGAAAAAAAUAGCUGUGGCACUUGGUCAUAACAUUAGGUAUAAUUAAUAACAGUGAACGAACGAAGAUGAUAGAAAUUAUUUUUGUUAGGUUACGAAAAUGGGGUUGAUUGGGUAGGGGUCAAUUGGGGGAAGGGUCGAGGUGUAUAGGUGUUUUCAACAAAAAAUGGGAUGGUAUAUAAAUAUGUCUACGUUAAUAUAUUUAAUUGACGAAAAUUAAAAACGAAUUUCAUCGAAACGCUGCGCGCAGUUAUAUGGACAAUGAUGUCGGCCGUACGUCGCGGUGGGCGAAAGAACUGCGACGGCGCCCGGCGUCCGGAAGAGGAUCCGCGUGUCAGUAAAUAAAAUCGUCAAUCAGCAAAGAAAGAAAGAAAGAAAGAAAGAAAGAAAGAGAGAGAGAGAGAGAGAGAGGGAGAGAGAGAGGGAGAGAGAGAGAAAGAGAGAGAGAGAGAAAGAGUGGAAAAAAGUAAAAGAAAAGAAAUAUUAACGAAGGCCGAUACGCGAUCUUUUAUUGAAAAAAAAAGAAAAAAAGAAAGUACUUAUCUCGCCGUACGAAUCUAAACGACACUUCUAGAAGAACGAAACAACGUUAACCUUUCAAGAAUAGGAGGUAAAGAGAAAGAGAGAAGGAAAUAAAGAGAAAAAUUAAGAGGGGAAAAACAAAAAGAGAACGCCGUGGAAAAGAGAGAAAAAAGUAGAAAAUGGAAAAAAAAUUACCUAGAAAUAGAGUAAAGAGUAAUAUUAAACGAAAUUGGAAAAUGAAGGAUUAUUGGAAGCUCGGCGAAACGUCGCUUUUCUUUCGUCAACCGGGACGCUAUACCGGUGCAACGUUCGCUUCCUCGAGGCUGUCCGAAUGAUGUUAAUCGAAAAUGUUCAAAUGAAAAAAAAUAUAUAUAUAAUAAAAAAAAGUGAAUGUGCCGACUUACUAACUUAGCAAUCGAUGAUUAGAGAUGAUCAGGCCAAUAAAUAAAACGGAUAUAGAAGAGAACAGGAGAAACGAAGGGACGAUCGGACAGCCUCGUGUCCUUAGCGGAGGAGCACCCAGCGAACGCGAUCAACGAAUCUAUCAUCUCAUCUAAAUAUAUAUAUGUGUGUGUAUAUAUAUAUAUAUAAUAUAAUAUAAUAUAAUAUACAACUACAUACUCGACACCGGAACGAAUAAAAAAAGAAUAUCGGAAACUGACAACUACAACAACAAAAACCGCACAAAAACAGACAAAUACAACAAAAGUCAAAAAAAAUACAAAAAUCUAAAAAAAAAAAGUAAAAAAAAAAGUUAGAUUAAAAAAAAAAUAAAUAAAUAAGAGAGCGCCGGCGCUGUGGCUGUGCGAGGAGGAGUUGCAAGUAGAAAGUAAAAAAAAAAAAAAAGUAAAAAAUAAAAAAAAUAAUAAAAAUAAAAAAGUAAAAAAAAUUCUAAACAAAAAAAAAGUAAAAGUAAAAUAAAAUAAAAUAAAAUAAAAGCGUGGCUCGGCUAGGUCGACGAGGAGUGUAAUCGUGCCCCUUUUGUUUCAUUGCCUCUGUUGUAAAGGAGCUAAAAGAGACGAACGAGACGCUGAAGAGCCUACAGACGAGGUUGGAGCUGGCGUACGCGUCGACGGCGUCGUCCGGUGCACCGGUCGCCGGUGGAGGAGCACUCGGAGGGCUAGGUAGCGUAUCGUGCGGGGGUACGGGAAUCAGCGGUACCGUCCUAGGAGGUAGCGUGGCGGUUCCAGGCGGCGUGCCCGGUAGCACCACCCUGACGGCCAUCAUGGAGACGAAAGAUGCCCGGAUACAAACGUUGGAGAAGGAGGUAGCACUGUUGGAAACGGAGUUACAGCGUAUCAAGGAAUGCGGUGGUAGAUUGAGGGAGCAGUUGUUGAAAGCCACCGCCGUGCCAAGCGGCGGUGACAUGCAACAGCUUCAACAACAAUUUCAGCAGCAACAGCAGCAGCAGCAGCAGCAGCAGCAGCAACAACAACAACAGCAACAACAACAGCAACAGCAAAUACAACAGCAGCAACAACAGCAACAACAACAACAACAACAACAAUUAGGUUUAUCGAACGUCACAAGUGGCGUUACGGGUAUCGAGCAACAGGCUCGACAGGGAUUGGUGACGGCCUUGGGUGGUCCGCAACAGUCCGGCACGUUGGCCCUGGCCAGGGGACCGUCCGUGAUGACCUCCCUGGUACCGUACGGUCACUCGUCGUCCACGGCACUAACCACUCCGUUGCUUGCCGGUUCGACAGGUGGAACCUUGAGCGGGAGCAGCGGGGUCGGCGUCCUUGGCGGCGGUUCCUCGUGCCUGGCCGGCAUCUCGUCGGGCACCACCACUGGCGUGGUCAAUCCCUAUACCGAUCGUUACUCCGAUCAUCACCUUCAUCCCCAUCAGCUUCACCAUCAUCAACAUCACCAUCAUCAUCAUCUCCAUCAGCAGCAGCAACAACAACAGCAGCAGCAGCAGCAGCAACAUCAGCAGCAUCUAUUGCAGCAGCACCAGCAACAUCAGAUCCAGCAGCACUUAAGGCAAAUAGAGCCAGCGGCCGCGGGAGCCUUGGCGCUCCAUGCCCACACCUUCAACAAACACGACCUGAACUUCAAACGGCAAGUAAGUUUCUUCAUCAACAACGUGCGCAUCGAAAAGAACGACGCCGUCUAGAGAGGUGGGAGGUGCCGCGCGGAAUUGGGACGACACCUUUGAUAACCUUUGAACCCUGGCUACCACACGUUGGCUAACACCGUUUCUUCGUUUUCUUCGACGUCCGCUGAGUUCUCUCUCGCGCGCUUCCGCUCGCUCCCCCCGAAACCCCCUCUUCUCUUCGGCUUUUCGAAUCUCUACGGAGGAGCAUGAUGAUGAUGAUGAUGAUGAUGAUGAUGAUGAUGAUGAUGAUGAUGACGACUGAGUAGCAUCUGGAGCAUGAUCUAGAGACCUAAAGUUUUAAUUAUAUCGAUGACACACACAUCGUGCCUGCUCGUCUCUCGUUUCAUCGGACUCAAGAUAUAUAAAAAGGAACGGAGAGAAAUUGGAAAAAACAAACAAAGAAAUCGAAAGAGUGAAAUAGAUAGAGAAAUAGAGAAAUAGAGAAAGAGAGAGAGAAUAAAAUACUAACUACUCCCCUAACAACGAGUGCCUGGAAAAUGAUCGAAAAUAGUCAAUCGAGCCUAUCCGAUGAUAUUCUUUCUAUAUAUCUCACAUUGAAUAUGUACAAUUAAAAAUGAAAGAAAAGAGAGGGGAUGGAAACUGAACGAAGAAAAAAAAGAGAAACAGAGAGAGAGAGAGAGAGAGAGCAUCGCCGAGAAGCUGCGUGACGUCGUCGUUGUCGUCGUCGUCGUCGUCGCUUUCACAGAUAUCGAAGCAUCUCGUGGGUCUUCGCCAUAUAUAUCCCACUCCUCCCGAUCUUUUCUUCCAAUCUACCCAUUAUCACUAAACAAUUUCGCCCUCCCUCGAACCCAUAUCUCGUAAAGUCCCCAUAGAAAAAUAAAUCGCCUGCAUCGCUACGAAUUGACGAGAACAAAGGGCGAUUCUUCGACGAGAGAGUAGAUAUUAUCUAUAAUACAUAUACAUAUACAUAUAAAUAUAUAUAUAUUAUAUAUUUACGAAUUACGUCACACACGCAAUAUGGAAUUGAUAAAUCCUUUAUCUCCUUUUUAACGAAAAGAGCAUGCUCGUCGAAAGAGUACAAAGUAUGUAUAUAUAUACGUAUAUAUGUAUGUAUAUAUAUAUAUAUAUAUAUAUAUAUAUAUAUAUAUAUAUAUAUAUAAAAAGAACGUAUAUCGAAAGAUAAACAAUGUGAGAAAGAAAGAUAUAGAGAUAGAAAGAGAGAGAGAGAGAGAGAGAGAUAGAUAGAAACGAAGACAUAUUUAUUGACCCUUGGAUAGAUAAAAAAGAAAAUGAAGGUUUAUUUUUGCGACGAUCCUUGAACUUUUAACUAGGACACAUUUAGAAUCGUCUCUCGUCGAAAUAAGCCAAAAUAUUGUACAUACGUAGAUAUGUACAUAAUACUUUGUAAUCUCGUCGAUUCAUACCGAUUAACGCACGAUAAUUUACACAUACGUGCGUAUUAUUGUACAAUAAUGAGAGGAUCUACGCUUAGCGUACUUGGAUUAAUGUUUUACUUUAAAAACUCGAAAGAUUUUUCGAUCAUCAGUCCUACCCAAUCUGACCCCACCCUCAACCAUCAACCCCCACCCUAUUCUCCUUCUUUUAAAAAAUCUCUAAUCGGCGAUAUUAAGGCGGGAAAGCAGAGUAAUUAUAUUUUUUGAGACGAUUCUUUUUUAGAUGUUAGUAGAUUUUAUGAAACGAGUAUAACGGGAACCCCGAUACCCUUUCCCUUCUAAUAUAUAUACAUAUACAUACAUAGUUAUUAUAUAUAUAUAUAUAUAUAUGUAUGUAUAUGUACGUUAUAGAGAUAAACGUGCUACCGAUCGAGAUUUCUUGUAUUUAGCGUUUCGAGCAUGUGUUCGCGAUCAUCGAUCGGUAAUUUUCGUGAGUCUGUCUUUCGGGUUUGAAAUGAUGCGAUUUUACUAUCACCCACAUAUUUUGAAGGAGACAAGGUAUCUCAUAUAUAUAUAUGUGUGUAUAUUAUAUAUAUAUGUAUAUAUAUAUAUAUACAUACAUAUAUGUUGAAGAUGCGGGGAGCAAUAUAAGAAAGAUUCAGAAAUGUCGGCGCGAGAAUAUACAGAGGAAGGAAAAUUUAAUAAAAGGGAUUAGAAAAGAUCACACUUUGAGAGAAAGUCAAUCAGAAAGUCAUAUUCGGUAGCUUCUACGUGUAGUCUGUAGAGCCCGAGAGUAACUAUGCGUACCUUAUCACUAGGCCUUAGAGAACGAACAGAAGAGAGAAAAAGAAAAAAAAUAAUUAAUAAUAAUAAUAAUAAUAAUAAUAAUAAUAAUAAAGAAAAAAAAAAGAACAAAUAAAAACAAUAUAUAAAAGUGAUAUCGAGAAGUUUAAAAAAAAGAAAAAAAAGCUCACGAAAAAAGAGAAUAAAAAAUAUGAACAAAAAAAAAUAAGAAAAAAAAAAGAAAAGAACGAGAAAGGAAGGAAAGAAGAAAGGAAAAAAAAAAUAAAAUAAAAAAUAGCAAAAAAAAAACGCACUGUUGAAUAUUCUAAGAUGUCUAUAAAUGUUGAUACGUUGCGGAAACGCAAUUGAUGAAAGAGUUCUAUGAAACGAGUACGUUCGUUCAAUUAUAUAUACAUAGAUACACACAUACACACACAUAUAUACAGGUAAAUUCAUACAUAUUUAUCUACAUACAUAGUAUAUAUAUACACACACAUAUAUAUAUACAUGCAUAUAAAGGGAUAUGUAUAUAGUAGGAAGAAGUUUACGUCUGACGUUACGUGGACGCAUUUGACGCAUACAUAUAUAGAUACAUAUAUACAUACAUACAUACAUACAUAUGUAUAUAUACGUAAACACAUACGUACACACAUACAUAUAUACGUAGAUAAGAAAAAUUUAAAUUAUAAAGCUUCCAGCUGUAUAUUUUCGUAGCUCAGAGCAAUUUAAUCGAUCUUCCCCUGUUAACAUUAUUUCCCUGGCCGAUUAAAAGAGGCGCCAAAAAGAAAAAUCACAGUCUCCCAAUAUCGUCUAUUCUUAUUCACCCUUAAAGAAAGAAGAAAAAAAAUAUAAGAAAAAAAGAAAUAAAAAAAAAAAAGAAAACAAAAUAAAACUCACGGGCUAUACCUAGUUAGAUCAUAAUACAUAUACACUGUCAAAUGUUCUCGGUUGGUUACAUAAUUCGAUUAGGUAUCGCUGUUCGUAGAAAACAUUAUCGCGAGAUGUUUUAAUCCACUCCCCUCUACCAUUUCCUUAACCUCCAUUUUAUGAGAAAAAUUCAGAAUUCGCGCACAUUAUAUACAUUAUAUACAUAUAUACAUAUCUAUACAUACAUGCAUAUAUACAUACAUAUAUAUAUAUAUAUAUCGUCGUUUUUAACGUUUCUUCUAAAGUGAUAUAAAAAAAUAAAAAAAAAAGGAAAUCAUCGCCGCGGUUGUAACGUAAUAAAGAGUCAAUAAGAUACGACAAUGGGUGGAGGAAGUUCAAAGAGGAAAAGAGAAAGAGAGAGAGAGAGAAAGAAAGAAAAAGAAAAAAAGAGAAAAGAAAAGAAAAGAAAAGUCAAUGUAUCUCGUAUCUCUCGACUCUUACGUUUUAUAAAAUAAAUGCAUAGAAAAUAGACAAAUAGAUAGAUAGAUACGUACAUGCAUACAUUAAAUACACACAUAUAUCGUGAUUCAUAAAUUCGUAGAAAGAGAUAUCGUGUGGUGAUCCAGCUGGAUAUAUAUUAUAUAUAUCGAUAUAUGGAUAUAUCUACAUACGAAUAUAGAUUUAUAGGAUAUAAUAAAUAUAUAUAUAUAAUAUAUAAAAUAUAUUAUAUAUAAAUAAAUAUUUAUAUAUAUAUAUAUAUUGUAUCCUAGAAAUUUACACCCUUCUAGACACACAGUGAUCCACGUAGGAAAAGAUUCUUCCAAAAUCGAUUUCUCUCAAUAGUGGAAACAUGUUGUAAGACAUAAGAAAAAUGCAACACGAGCUAAAUGAUGAAACAAUCGUACAGAAAUUGUUCCCCGAUCUCCCCGGGCAUCUCUUAUCACGAUGUACGACGAUCUCGCGCGUGAUUGAUUUUGUGAAAAAAAAAGGAAAUAAGAGAAAAAAAGAAAAUAAAAGAAAAAGGAAAGAUACAAGAACGACACAGAAAACGAAAUAAGAUAAAACAAAACAAAACGAAAAUAAGAAAAUACACAAGGGGACAAACCGCAAAAUUAUUGUUACGUAUGUAUAUCGUUUUCAACGAUAUCCUCGUUGGACUCUUGACGACGACGGGAGAUCCGAAUAAAAAAAAAAAAUAAUGAAAAAUAAUGAAA